AUGCUUUUCAGAACCCUGGUGAUUUCUGUGCUCGUUGCACUAGCUGUUUCAUAUCCCGCCCAGAAAUCAGGAUGUGGUUGUGGAUGUGGAUGUUGUUGUGAACAGGAGGAUCCUACCACGACAACUACAACCACAACAACAACAACAACCACUACCACUGCCCCAACAACACCUGCAUACAGUGAGCCGUGUUGUUGUUGUAGCUGUUGUGAAGUCUAUGAGGAUCCAACCACUACUACCACCACUACCACUACGACAACAACUACCACUACAACUACGACUCCUGCUCCAGAACAACCAUGCUGCUGUUGUGGUGGAUGUAGUAGUAGAAGAGGUACGGCUAGACAGCAGCCAGUACAGCCAGCUCAGGAGUUAGCUGCUGCACCUGUACCGAUUCCCAGCUAUGAAGUGGUCCACGAUAACCAAGUUGCGUUCGGAAACGUUGAGGCAUGUCCGGAUGGUUGGAGAAGCUAUGGUGAAUCGUGUUAUUACAUUGAAAUGGAUAAACUUGACUACACCAACGCCAAACAACGAUGUGCUGCAAAAGGAGCCGGGAUGUUUGCUGCCGACAGUAUGGAGGAAUGGGAUGAGGUGAUGUCGUUCACUCCGCUCUAUUUCUGGACUUGGACUGGGAUCGUCAGAGAUAGCGAUGUUGGGCAACCUCAGUUCCAAGGAGGAGCACUGGAUACUUCAAGAUUGAACUGGCUGAUCAAAUCGUCUACGCCGAUGUCGAAUGGAUGGACAUCUGCGUCGAAGUGUGCUGCCUACUAUAACAUGGACCUAACCGCGUCGAACUACAUCUACUUCUAUCCGUGUUCCUAUCAGUACUAUUCGAUUUGUGAGAAGAAACUAAACAAUUGA